CUAUUGGCUUUGUGUUUAGGAGAUAUCAUUUUUGCAGGUACAGAUACAACAGCUCUAACAACAACGUGGCUGUUGGCAAUUCUAUCCAACUACCCAGAUGUUCAAAGAAAGAUUCAGGCCGAGAUUGAUGACUUUGUUGCAAAGAAUGGCCGGCUACCAUUGUACUCUGAUCGAGAAAGCUUCCCAUACCUUGCCGCAACUCAAAAGGAAGGACUGAGACUCCGUUCUAUUACUGAAUUUGGUGUUCCUCAUGAAGCCAGUGAAGAUAUUAACCUGCGCGGAUAUCAUGUUCCCAAAAAUGCUAUACUUAUUGGAAGCUUGGACGCAAUGCAUACAGACCCCUUACGGUAUGCCAAUCCUGAAAAGUUUAUUCCUGAACGCUUCUUGGGCUACCCUGAAAGUAUGUCAACCUUGGCAAGUGGAUCUAUUAAGAAACGUGACCAGUACAACUUUGGUUGGGGAAGGUAA